AUGGAUCAAGAAGAUACGAAACGUCUGGAAAUUUAUCUUGGCACAAUUGCCAAAUGGAAAACAAGAGUUAAAGAUGAAAUUUUAUCUGUUUUACCAGUUAGCGAAAACGAUAAAAUCACUAACAUGAACACAGAGCAACAAUGCGAAGUCGAAGAUUCAGAAGCAGUUAAAUUGCUAAAGAAAUUUACUAUUAAAAUUCUAUUUGCAAAAACAAAUAGCCAAGAAUUAUCGUUAUUACUGAAUGAUCGUAGCGAUUUAUUGUUUAGACUCAGUAUGUUCCAGUCGUGUGUAGAUGAUAUAUCUAGAAUAAACUUGGACUUUUUUCCAUCAAGUGUACAGCAAGAAAUUUUUCGUCGCCAAGCCAAAAGUCAUAUUGCUUUGACAAUACAAUCUCUAUCUACAUUAGUUGAUAAUCCAAUGAUGUUUAAUGAAGAAGAUGACAACUUAAUUCAAGAUUUAGUGUAUAAUUUUGAAAGCAUAUCUGGUAUCAGUUUUAAUGCUGGCAAUGAAUGCCUAUUUGAGCCAACCAUACCAAUAUUUCCAGAAAAAAAUGAAUUCAUUCCUGGUUUUUCUGAUGCUGUUAAACUCAAUUAUUCAGAUGAACUUGGUCGGUUUUUAACAGCAACGAGAGACCUUUUACCUGGUGAAUUAAUUGGCGCUUGUAAGACAUAUGUCAGUGUCGUAAGUCGUGAUGAUCGACAUAACUUUUGUUGGUUUUGUAAGAAGCAAACUUAUAAUGGCAUAGCAUGUGAAGCAUGUCCACUAGUAUUAUACUGCUCAGUUGAUUGCCUCAACGAAUCACAUGAGCAAUAUCACUCGAUAGAGUGUGCUAUAUUACCCUUACUAUUAAUUGAUGACGAUUACAUUGUUCUUACAAUGGCACUCAGAACAACCAUCAAAGCAUACAAAGAAUGUGAAUGUGAUAUUGAUAAAUUAAUGUCUACUUAUGAUGUCAAUGCUAAAUCACCAACAAAAGUUGAAUUACUCAAGAGUGACCAUGAUCCCAAUAAAUAUGGUAGUGUUGACAAAGCACAAAAUGAAAGAAAACAAUAA